UGCGCCAAACGGCAGACGCAAGGUUGUGCUGUUAAGUGACUGUCUUGGCAGAAGGCAGCACGUUUCUUUGCUGCAGAAUAAUUGUUAGAAAGGCAGAAACAUGGGUUCCGUUAGACUUCCAAGACAAUGCUUUCUUUGGGGCAUGUCGGUUAUUUAUUUAUUUGCAUUCUCCUCCCUAUAUGUGCAGAUUCCGGGUCUCUACGGUAAUGAUGGGAUACUGCCUGCUAAGAGGAUGUUGAAAUAUAUGGGAAAACCACUACUGGAGCAAUUGUGGGACUCUCCUACUUUUCUGUGGCUGGGGCCCAAGUUGGGCCUGGACACCCAACAGGGUAUGGAACUAAUUUGCCUUCUGGGAAUCAUCCUGUCAUUUGGUGCUAUGGUAUUUGAAACACUGAGAGACAGUCUGGUUUUCUUCUUUCUUUGGACGCUGUAUCUUUCUGUUUACCAGGUUGGACAAGUCUUUCUCUACUUUCAGUGGGAUAGCCUGUUGCUAGAGACUGGAUUUCUGACUGCUUUGGUUGCGCCUUUACAUCUUUUCAAAUGGAAAUCGACUCCAACCAAACAUCAUGAUGGCAUCACCUUCUGGCUUGUUCGCUGGCUUCUGUUUCGACUUAUGUUUGCAUCAGGAGUAGUAAAACUCAAUAGUCGUUGUCCAACUUGGUGGAGCCUUACAGCUUUGACAUACCAUUAUGAAACCCAGUGUAUCCCAACUCCUGUUGCCUGGUUUGCCCAUCAGCUCCCUGACUGGUUUCAGAAACUGAGUGUUGUUGGCACUUACAUCAUUGAAAUUGCUGUCCCCUUUUUAUUCUUUAUACCUCUUCGUCGUCUGCAGCUAUUCUCGUUUUACUUGCAGGUUUUGCUUCAGUUGCUUAUUAUAUUGACAGGAAAUUACAACUUCUUUAACCUGCUCACAAUUGUAUUAAGUCUGCCAUUGCUGGAUGAUUUUCAUGUUUACUUCUGGAUGGGACAAAGCAAAAAGAAAAAAUCUGAAAGAUGGACACUAAUGUCAUGGAUUGCAUUUGUAAUUGAACUUGCAGUGUAUGGUGUACUUGUAUACUUCACUAUACUGUACUUUGAACUUGGAAUAAAUUGGGAACAAAAAGCUAUAAUGUCUUCUGUAGGAUUUACUUAUCACGAAUUUAACAGGUGGCUGAAAAUGGCAACAAUUUGCAGUAUUUGGAUUGGCGUUCUCUCUCUUACCUGGGAAAUUAUAUCUGCUAUGUUCAAUUGUGCUUGUGUAAAAGGAUUCUUCUGGAAAAUGUGGGCCACUAUCCAGUGGGCUGUUUUUGCUGUUGCAGCUGCUAGCAUGUUCACUGUUAGCUUGGUUCCAUUUACCUACAUUGAAUAUGAUGCCAAUAGCAGACUUUGGCCAGCAGUAAGGAAAAUGUAUGAAGCUGUGGAUCGCUACCAGUUGGUGAAUUCAUAUGGUCUUUUCAGAUCAAUGACUGGCAUUGGUGGUCGACCAGAAGUAGUACUGGAAGGCAGUUAUGAUAAGGAAACAUGGACAGAAAUUGACUUCAUGUAUAAGCCUGGAAACGUAAGCAUUACUACUCCAAUAGUCAUCCCUCAUCAACCGCGUCUUGAUUGGCAAAUGUGGUUUGCUGCACUCGGCCCUCACACACGAAGUCCCUGGUUUUCUAGUCUUGUCCAGAGGCUCCUACAAGGAAAGAAAGAUGUCAUUGAGUUGAUACAAGCAGAUGGUUUCAAGUAUCCCUUCAGUAAGAGUCCACCAACAUUCAUCCGAGCCAAGCUUUAUAAGUAUUGGUAUACACUAGUAAAUAAGGAUGGGUCACUUCCUCAGAACUGGUGGAGAAGACAGUAUGUUGAAGAGUUUUUCCCAACUGUGUUCUUGGGGGAUCCCAAUUUGGAAUCUAUGCUUAGUCACUAUGGUCUUAAGGAUCGAGUAUCCACAAAACGAAUUUCAGAUGCAUUUCUUCCUACUAUUCUGAGGACUCUUCGUGAAAAUGUUCAAACUCUGACUGGACCCCAGUUUGUAUGGUCUCUCUUCUGCUCUGGAGCUGCAAUAUGUCUUCUGAAAGGUUUUUUCAGCAGCACCCGCAGCAAUAAACAUAAACCUGUCUUUGAGACAAAGAAAAGUAAAGGAAAGGAUACAGGAUCUGGCAUGGCAAAGAAUGAGCAAGUUAAGAAAAAAGCAGAUAGAUCCCAGGAGAGUUUGGAAGCUAAACAACCAGAAAGUUCUGAGGGUGGAUUUGCAGAUUCCGAUAAAAGUACUAAAAAACGGAAAUAGUGCCAAUAUUUGUAGUUUUGUCCCAGGUUUUACGAUUUAUUAUAUUCAGAUUUCAAACAGAUGCCAAUAAUGUGCCAACAGACUCCCCCCGUUUUCAUUUUAUUGGCCAAUAACUAACAUUUCUGUUUACCAAAAUGAAUGUUAAAUAUCCUGCACACACCAGAGUUUGCUGAUUUAGUAGUCUGUCUUCCUCUUUCCAAGUCUUAACUGAAUAAUAACACUUUUGAUUACCAAAGCAAAUAAUUUUUUUGCUCAGGACUAUAAAAAUAAAAUAGUUGUCUUUUUUGAAUACUGUAUCUAUGAUAAUGCAAUCCUGAAAUAUUGAAAAUUGUUUUAAAAAAUGGUUUUUAAUAUUAAGUAUGGUAUGCUGAUGCUGUUUUUUUUAAUGUUCCUCUAUAUCUUGCUUUAUUGAAUACAGUAGCAUCAUAUUUUAUCAUUCAUUUUAAACCACUUUAUCAUUGCCAUCCUUUUCCGAUACAGUGAUAUUUAUUACAGAUGUUGAUUUAGCACUUGCUGUUACAAAUAUAUAUAUCUACUAUGUGCAGGAUUAGAUAUUUUCUGUAACCUUAACCUCCCAUAAAAAUGGUUUCAUAAAAAUAGCUUCAUCAUAUUAUUCUUUAAAAACUCUGCAAAUUUAGUAGCUCUUAUGCAUUGUCUAAAUAAAUGAAUUAAUGAUCAUAAUACCAUCAUGUAUAACAUACAAACAUCUGUUUUUCAGGGAAAAAAUGCUUGUUGCAUUGUAGUUUAAUCCUUCUAUAUUUUUGUUACUGUACUUUUGUAAUUUUACACUUGAUUGUUAAAAAUGUUUAGUCCUAUACAGAGUAUCUUCUUAAAUUGAUAAUCCUAAAGCUUCACUGCAUUUUGCUAAGAUAUGGCCUACUAAUAUUUUGAAAAGAGGGGGAGAUAAUAUGUGAGUCAAUGAAAAUAUUCCUCAUCAGAAGAAACCUUUUUUAGUAGUUUUUUUUUUAUACAUUUACAUCAUUAGUCUUCUCAAUUAAAUUAUAAAUAUAAUCAAAAACUAAGUGUCCUCAAGCUUAAAGCAAUCUUUUGUAGCCACUGGAAUCAAGUGUGAUUAAACCCUUCCUAUUAUAGACGUCUCCGUCUAUCGAGUGACCCACAUUGCUAGUGAUGUGUCAUUUUUCUAAGAAAUGACAGAAUAGAGGAGUUUACAAAACAAAAUUUAGCUUAUGUCAUAGGGACUGUUGAAAUCAUUGACUUCUGCUCAAGAUUAUAAGACACAAUUAUGCAUUAAAGAUUUUUCUCCUCCCCAUUUAUACUUUUGAGACAUUGUUUUAGGACUUGAGCAUUUAGUUCACUGUGCACAUUGCUGUUUUUUCAUUUGUGAUUUCUAUGUAUUUAAUGCAAAGAAAAACUAUUCCACGAGUAAAAGUAUUCCUAUUAAGCGGAUGUUGCUGAUUUUUUUAUAUUCCAUACAAGUUAUGUAUUCCUUAUUUUUCCAUACACUUUUACUAAUCUAAGAGGUGUCUGUGUGUUUCCACUGUGUCUUUUUAUCUGCAGUAAUGCACCUGGUUCUUAAUAUAAUGUUGAUUGUGAGAGAGCAAAAGGUUCUUGUAACCUUUCUGUGGUCUUUUUGACAAACAUCAUUGGCCUCAACUUUACCUUAGAAGGCUUAUGCCUGUUUUAUGUCUCCAGGUUUGCCCCCAUUUCAUGAUGUAUUUGGUUAUCUUUUUGAUUUUUGGUGUAAUUACUGGUGUAUUGUCCUGUUCCAGGUAAUGUAUAAAAUGAGCUGAAAUGUCUUUUAAGCCAAACCUUCAAUUAUGAAUAUGUGGAUUGCAAGAAGUUGUGAACAAAUUAUUAUACUGUAGUUUCAUGUUAUGAAAAGUGUAUAAAUUCAGUGGGUUCUAUGCAAUAUGGUUGUAAUAUUUAACAUUUUUGAUUUGAAACCCAAAGUAUGGAUAAGUUGUAUAUUUGUAAUAAACUCUUCAAUAUGCUUAUUUUGUUUCAUUUUUAGAUACACUGUAUACUGUAUACUACGUUGAUAGUAUAGUAAGGAACCAAAAAAAUAAGAAAAAAUAAAGAACAGCUCACUCUUUGUUCAGAUGAA